UCUGUCAUACUGUUUUUAAGCAACCAAGUAAAUGUACAUUUUUUCACGGGUCUGUGGCUAGCUGUAAUAGCCGGAAAAAGGACCCGGUUUACAAGAGUGUUGAGUGUUGGGCGGGAUCCGAUUCCAGAUGGACGGUCCGGGUUUGCCCAACACCUGAGAGAGGAACAGGUGUUCUCUCUCCUUAAGUAGGGAAGGGAUUGUGUGUGUCUCUCUCUCAAUCCUGGGGAAAAAGAGCAGGCAGUGCAGGCCUGUGUGAGAGAGCCAGAUUCAUGUGAGUACGUGCUGUGCCACAAAUACGUUUUCUGUUAGGUGCUGGAUGUUAGAUCCUCACCUAGUUAGUUAGGAGCUAAUUGUUUAGUUAGUGCCGGACAGGCAAGGUUUUAUUUUCAUUUUUGUUUGUUUUGAUUCCUGUCUUCCUGCCAACCAGACAAAUAAAACUGGUUGCGGCCAGUUGCACAUUAACAACCAGUUUUGUGUUGUUUUGCGUGGACUCCAAUACUGCUGUGCACCCGUCUACCCCCCUUGUGUGAAAGACUGUUCCCAAUACAAUGGAGGAGAUUAUAAAGCAACUGGUGGUGGCAAAUGCUACUCAGCAACAAACAAAUGCCAGUUUGCAGCAGGGUACAACUGUCCAGCAGGAGGCAAUCCGACACCAGCAGGAGGCAAUCCGACAACAGCAGGAAGCAAACCGGUUGCUAUCUGCACAGCUGACUGCGUUGACAGAGGCCACCAAUGCAGACCGAAAAGCAUUAACUGCAGUUGUGCAACAGUUGGCAACGAGGCAUUUUGACCAACCUACGGUAGCUGCUUCUGGGGUGACCUCUGUGCGAGCAAGUUACUUUCUGCAAAAAUUGACCCCAAACGACGAUGUGGAGGCAUACCUGACUGCCUUUGAAAGAACUGCUGAGAGAGAGAGAUGGCCAAAGGAACAAUGGGCAGGACUAGUGGCCCCGUUUCUGUCUGGAGAGCCACAAAAUGCAUAUUUCGAUCUGGAUUCCCCAGAUGCUGGGGACUACGAUAAGUUGAAGGCUGAAAUCCUCGCCCGGUUGGGGGUGACCCUUUCCGUCGGGGCCCAACGCGUGCACCACUGGACCUACCACGUGGAAAAGCCUCCACGCUCCCAAAUGCAUGAUCUUAUACACCUAACUAAGAAGUGGUUGCAGCCUGAGAUCCUUACUGGACCCCAAAUUGUGGAGCGGGUAGUGAUGGAUCGUUACCUAAAAGCUCUCUCUGUUACUCUGCGGAAGUGGGUGAGUCAUGCGGAUCCCAAAACGGCUGACCAACUCAUUGAGAUGGUGGAGAGGUAUACUGCAGCAGAGGAGCUGAUAAGUCCAGUACCUUGCCAGCGUCCCAUAGCCCAGAAGGCCAGAAUUGCAUCUGCAUCCGGUAAGACUGUUCCGGGGGAAAGGGGGGCUGGAAAGUAUCAAGGGACAUAUAAAGCGGGAGAGACUGUAAGCACUGGAUCUAGAGACUGGCAAGCAUUGCCAGGAAGGUCCCUGCCUAAUAACAGACUAAACCAAGAGACUAUAAGGUGUUUUCAUUGUCAAAUGUUGGGUCACAUGGCUGCAAAUUGUCCAGGGAGAGAUGAACCCAUGCAUUGUGGUUUAGUUUAUGGGAACAGACGACAGUCUAUGUUUGCACAAGCAGUUUGUGCUGCUGUGCCUCAAACUCAAACUGAAAAACAAAUGUGCUCCCUUUCUGUGGAAGGCAAGCAAAUAACCGCUUUGUUAGACUCAGGCAGUUUGGUCACUUUAGUAAAGUCGGACCUGGUUCAGCCCCAAAAAAGUCAGGGCAAUAUGAUAGGGGUAAUUUGUAUUCAAGGGGACACACGGGACUACCCUACAGCGAAAGUAAAAUUUGGUACCCCUGUUGGUUCUCUGACUUAUCCUGUGGGUUUGGUACCUAGUUUACUGCAUGAUGCGGUAGUUUGGAGGGAUUUUCCACAUUUCUGGGAACUGUGGGAAAACAGGGGCCCUGUCAGGCUUGUAAAUGCUCCCAGUAAUACUAAUGUCGGUCCUGAGCCCUUUGAUAGUUCUCUUGCUAGGAUUAAUGAUGAGCUCCCGGAAGAUGUUCAACCCUUCCCUUUCUCUGUGUUGUUGGGGAAUGUAGAUGAAACAGAGACUGGGUCAGAGGAUACUUUAGAAAUGCCUGAGUUAGAGGUCCAAAAAGAUAACUUUGGCAGUGAACAAAUGAAGGACCCUACCCUAGCCAGAGCAAGAGAAAAUGUACAGGUUAUAGAUGGAAAACCCGUUGAGCCUAAUCUUAGGCUAUCUUUUCCUUACAUGGCGUUAAUUGGGGAUAUGCUGUAUCAGGUGUCAAAGAAGGGGGAGGACAUUGUGGAGCAGAUAGUUGUCCCCAAACCCUAUAGGAGAAUGGUACUAGACCUGGCCCAUGGACACAUAAUGGGGGGACACUUAGGAGUUGAAAAGAGUACUGAAAGAAUUCUGAAAAGGUUUUUUUGGCCUGGUCUCUAUGCUGAAAUUAAAGAAUAUUGCAAUUCUUGCCCAGAAUGUCAAAUUUCAUCUCCCAGGCCACAUUACCGUAGUCCACUUGUUCCCCUACCCAUCAUCGAGGUGCCAUUUGAAAGAAUUGACAUGGACCUGGUGGGGCGUUAG